GGCCAAUAACGCAGUCGUGCAUUUCCAUAUUAAACCUAUUGUUCCCUUUAGUAAUCAUAAUCAACGGUUGUUAAUCCAUCUAUGUUCCAAUCUCGACGAUCUAACGGACAUAAAAAAUUUGGGCGCAUACAGGGAGCGUUACACCUGAUUCUUUCUGUUCACUACUUGCGGCCCUAUUUCUCGAGCCAAUAAAAGGCCAUAAAAACACUCGCCUCCUCGCCACAAAGAAAAUUCUCUCAUUCUUCUUCUUCUUCGCUCAGCUCCGAGAAGAAAGGGCGAAGAAUCCCGCUCCUUGAGUUUCGCUUAGCCAUCGAUUCCCUUUGAGGUCAAAAUGGUUGAUCAGACUCAGUACCCCACGAUCAUGCAGAAGGCUUCCGGCCAAUUCUCGCGUUCAUGUGUUUCUCAGGACAUUUACGCUUCCGCUUUUCAGAGGCCUUCCACAUACCAAAGGCGUGCAACUUACGGGAACUACUCCAAUGCUGCAUUCCAGUACCCUCUUGCGGCCUCAUCUAUGAUUCCAGCAGCUGCUUCUCCCGUGUUUGUCCAGGCACCUGGUGAGAAAGGUUUGACAAACUUUGCUAUUGAUUUCCUGAUGGGAGGUGUUUCCGCCGCUGUGUCAAAGACCGCUGCUGCUCCCAUUGAGCGUGUCAAGCUUUUGAUUCAAAACCAGGAUGAGAUGCUCAAGGCUGGGAGGCUCUCUGAGCCCUACAAGGGUAUUGGUGAGUGUUUCGGCAGGACCAUUAAGGAUGAGGGGUUCGGUUCUCUAUGGAGAGGAAACACUGCUAAUGUUAUCCGUUAUUUCCCCACUCAGGCUUUGAACUUUGCAUUCAAAGAUUACUUCAAGAGUCUGUUCAACUUCAAGAAAGACAAUGGCUACUGGAAGUGGUUUGCUGGUAACUUGGCAUCCGGUGGUGCCGCUGGUGCCUCUUCCCUUCUCUUUGUGUACUCUCUUGACUAUGCUCGUACCCGUCUUGCCAACGACUCUAAGGCUGCCAAGAAGGGAGGUGAAAGGCAGUUCAAUGGUCUUGUUGAUGUUUACAAGAAGACCCUCAAGACUGAUGGUAUUGCUGGACUUUACCGUGGAUUCAACAUCUCUUGUGUUGGUAUCAUUGUCUACCGUGGUCUCUACUUUGGACUGUACGACUCUUUGAAGCCUCUUCUUCCUGGAAACUUGCAGGACAGUUUCUUCGCUAGCUUUGCUCUUGGAUGGCUCAUCACCAAUGGAGCUGGUCUCGCAUCCUACCCCAUUGACACUGUUCGUAGAAGAAUGAUGAUGACAUCAGGUGAAGCCGUCAAGUACAAGAGUUCGAUGGAUGCCUUCCAACAGAUCCUCAAGAAGGAAGGAGCCAAGUCUCUGUUCAAGGGUGCUGGUGCCAACAUCCUUCGUGCCAUUGCAGGUGCUGGUGUGCUUUCUGGAUACGACAAGCUUCAGUUACUUCUUCUCGGAAAGAAGUUCGGAUCUGGAGAAGGAAACGUCAUAAUGUGGACAUUACAUACUUUUGUUGGGUCCCUACAGUCAGAUGCAGACGAGUUCGAUAGCGAGGAGCACUCAACUCCGCUUCGCAUUAAUUACUUGUCCGAUCGCUUAUUCCUCUCCGGCGACUUCCCUGUCUUCUCCUCCUUGGGUAACUCCACGAAUCCGAAUGAAACUGUGAGUGAAAGGGGGUCCACUUCCAUAAUGGGAAAAGCAUCGACACUGCUUCUGUUUCUGCUGGGUUUUGGGUUCUUUGUUGUCACAUACAAUCUUCUGACCCUUAUAGUCCACAAUAGAUCUGGACUGAGCAAUCCAGAUGGAUCUCCACUUCUAGAUCCUGUUGUUCAGAUGCCUCACAGAAAGGCCAAGAACUCUCCAGCACCCUUUCAUGUUGCCUUAACAGCCACAGACGCUCCUUACAACAAAUGGCAGUGUCGUAUUAUGUACUAUUGGUAUAAGCAGAAGAAAGCUCUCCCUGGUUCUGAUAUGGGUGGCUUUACCCGCAUUUUGCAUUCGGGUAAUCCCGAUAACUUGAUGGACGAGAUUCCUACGUUUGUGGUCGAUCCUCUUCCUCCAGGUCUUGAUCGGGGGUAUGUUGUCUUGAACAGACCAUGGGCAUUCGUGCAGUGGCUUGAAAGAGCUACCAUAAAGGAAGACUAUGUACUGAUGGCAGAGCCUGAUCAUAUUUUUGUUAACCCUCUUCCCAAUUUGGCUGUUGGAGGAUACCCUGCCGCUUUUCCGUUUUUCUAUAUUACACCUGAAAAGUACGAAAACAUUGUCAGAAAGUACUAUCCUCUGGAGAUGGGCCCGGUUACAAAUAUCGACCCCAUUGGCAAUUCUCCUGUUAUUAUUAAAAAGGAAUCACUUGAAAAGAUUGCUCCUACAUGGAUGAAUAUCUCUAUGACUAUGAAAAACGACCCAGAAACUGAUAAGGCAUUUGGAUGGGUGCUUGAAAUGUACGGCUACGCGAUUGCAUCUGCUGUGCAUGGGGUGCGGCACAUACUUCGGAAGGAUUUCAUGCUUCAGCCUCCGUGGGAUAUGUCUACUAAGGGGAAGUUUAUCAUCCAUUACACUUAUGGGUGCGACUACAACCUGAAGGGUGAGUUGACGUAUGGAAAAAUAGGAGAGUGGCGAUUCGAUAAGAGAUCACAUCUGCGAGGUCCUCCUCCGAGGAACAUUUCCAUGCCGCCUCGUGGUGCUCCGGAAAGUGUGGUGACUCUUGUGAAGAUGGUGAAUGAAGCUACUGCCAAUAUCCCUAAUUGGGACAAUCUCUAACUCACGUCAACAACCACAAGACACGAACUUCAAAUCAUAGGGACUACAACGAAUCUAUACAGCAUGUUUUGCCGACUGAACAGUUUUAUUUUUUCCCUUUAUACUUCCUUUUCUUUCAGUUAAAUGAUGAACUCAAGAGUAAAUUAUGAGAUCUGGUUUGGGACGAUGUUCAAGAAACCGUUAGGUGAUAGUUAGAUGGCGAAGACACAUCUUCCAUAAUCCCUAGAAAAAAAUUGUACAACUAUUUCUUUUGGUUCUAGUUAUUGAUCUUUAAUUUUACAAUCCUACAAUAAUGUGAUAAAGCAGGACAAAAUGUUACAUACAG